GUGGUCGUGAUAGCAGAGGCCGGGUUAGGGGCAUGGGUUUGGGUAUUUCUAAGACUACUAUGAAGGUUGCCACCCCCUACAUCAUAGAAGCUCGGUCGGAGAGGAAUGCACGUAUGUCCAUUGAGGCUAAAUUUGAAGCAUUAAUGACUCAAAUGCAAGAAUUUCGUACGAUUGUUGAGCAACAAUUUGCUGAACUUAGGCAACAAAUUACUUAUCAAAGCCAACUACUUCACCGCUCCCCUGAUACAGCUGCAUCUCAGGCCCACCGUCGAUCUGGUGAGCCCUCAAGUAUUCGAGAAGACUCUGCAACAACUCCAUCGAUGGAACAAAUUUGCCAAUUGAGAGAUAUCCGUGGUUGAACUGUUGCUAGUGGGCGGAUGGUGUCAGAUACUACAGGCAUCCCUCCAGAAUGCAUCAGAGUUGUAAUAGAUGAUAUCAAUGUUCGCAUAGCAGAG